CAUAAAUUUUGUGCUAGCGUAUGAUGAAAACAUCGAGUCAGAUUGCAUAUGAAAAUGGACAGAGAAAAGAUAGCAGGUUGCUUUUUUUUUCUUACCUAGCUAUUCGAGAUAUGCGUUCAGGUUCAUCGAUGGAGCAUAAUAACAAUACAGUGGUAUUCCCGUAUGAAACCAAAUUUGUUGAUCAUGAAAUUAAUUAUAAACUACUUGAGGAUUUCCACGGCGAAAAAACUGGAUUUGUGCAGACCGGUUGUGAUAAAUGGUUUUUUCCCAGCAAAUAUUUACAAGCAGCCGAAAAUUUUUAUAAUUUCGAAGCGAGGACUUCUGAUGUUUGGAUUGCUACAUUUCCUCGCUCAGGUACUACAUGGACUCAAGAGAUGGUAUGGCUAAUAUGCAACAAACUAAAUUUCAUAGAAGCUCGACAACGACAACUAAACGAACGUGUUCCGUUUUUUGAGUUUCACAUGUUCAUGCACGACGAAAUGAAAAAACAAUUUCUUUCUGAGAAUACAGACGCGAGCGCCAAAAUGUUUAUAGAAGAUAUAUCAAAACCAGCAUAUGACAUGCUGAGUUCAUUAACAGUUAACCGAUUUAUCAAAACACAUUUCCCAUUUUCUCUUCUACCUCCAAGUAUUUUCAAAACAGGAGCAAAGGUUAUAUAUGUUGCUCGGAAUCCAUCGGAUGUAGUUGUCUCUUAUUAUCACUUAAAUAAGUUAUAUCGAACUCAGGGGUACGUUGGCGAUUUGGAAUCAUUUUAUAAUUACUUUGAAAAGGGUUUAGUACCCUGGUCGCCAUAUUGGACCCAUUUGAAACAAGCAUGGAAUGCACGACACUUACCCAACGUCUUGUUCAUGUUCUAUGAAGAAAUGAACCAAAACUUACCCGCGACUAUAAAUAAAGUAGCAAAUUUUUUAGAUAAACGGCUAUCGGAUGCAGAUGUUCUGAACCUUUGUGAACAUCUGAGUAUAGAUAAUUUCAAAAAUAACCCUUCUAUAAACGGUGCAGAAUUGAUAGAUGUGGGUAUUCUCAAUUCCAGCGCUCAAGGAUUUAUAAGAAAAGGACAAGUGAACUCAUCAACAGACGAAUUAACUGAUUCAAUAAAACAACGAAUUAAAGCGUGGACUGAAGAAAAUUUAUCUGAUACUGACUUAAAAUUUCCGACCAUUUGAAAAUGGAUAUCCGGAAUUCGUACAAAAAUAUAUAUUACUAGCUGACCCGGCAAACUUCGUCCCGCCCAAAUUUUUUUUUUGCGUUAUCACAUUCACGUUUUCUUACUAAGCGCACGUUCAUGGGUCCAAUG